AUACGCGAGUAUAUAUCUGGAGGGCAAUCAAUUCUGCGUGAAUGUGUGCGUGUGCUGUUUGUCUCUCGAAACGUUGUCGUGUCUGCAAAAUUGCGGCCAACUUGGUGAUGAUUUGAUUCUUAGCAAAGUAUGCGACUAUGAGAUCUGUAGUUCGUGAUUUAUUGAGGAAUUUGAUAAGAAGCAAUUGCUCGUAAAUAUACUAAAAGCUGCGUUGGUCGCGUUGUGGAAAGAGAACGUUGUCAAAAGAUUGAGAGCGGAGUGAACGAAACUCUAGAGAGAAACGUUGAGCGUGUGAAUGCUGCAAUACUUGGACAAGAUCUCGCGAAUGGGGGCAAGGCAGGUUGACAUAUGAGUGGUGUUGCACGCGCCUCAUUUGUAAAUCCUCUCGACAAGAUGUCAACAACUACCGACAUUAGUGACUUGACUGAUGUACCUAAAGAAGCAACACCAAUUUUUUUGCAAACUCAUGCAGCUCAAGGCAUUGCCGGUAUAUUUGUAUGGGUAGCACUGUUUCUUACUUGCCAACAGAUUUAUCAACAUUUGAGGUGGUAUACAAAUCCUACAGAACAGAGAUGGAUAGUGCGAAUUCUCUUUAUUGUGCCCAUUUAUGCCAUAUACUCUUGGGUCUCACUGCUGUUCUUCAAUAGUGAAAGUUACUAUGUUUAUUUCUUCACAGUACGGGACUGUUAUGAGGCGUUUGUUAUAUAUAACUUUUUGUCACUCUGCUAUGAAUAUCUUGGUGGUGAGGGCAAUAUUAUGUCCGAAAUCAGGGGCAAGCCAAUACGUUCUAGUUGCCUUUAUGGUACUUGUUGCCUAGUUGGGAAGACUUAUACCAUUGGCUUUUUACGAUUCUGCAAGCAGGCUACUUUACAAUUUUGUUUAGUUAAACCAGUAAUGGCAUUUGUUAUUAUAUUUCUCCAAGCUUUUGGCCAUUAUAGAGAUGGAGAUUGGUCACCUGAUGGUGGUUAUAUUUACAUCACUGUAAUUUACAAUAUCAGUGUGUCACUUGCACUUUACGGUUUGUUUUUGUUUUAUUUCGCUACGCGGGACCUGCUAACACCAUUUGAGCCUGUACUUAAAUUUUGUACAGUAAAAAGUGUGAUCUUUCUGUCAUUUUGGCAAGGAGUCUUGUUAGCUAUUUUGGAAAAAGCUAAUGUCAUUUCACCUGUUAUAAAUAGUUUGGGUCAAUCAACAAGCGCUGGUACCGUCUCUGCGGGUUAUCAAAACUUUCUUAUUUGCAUUGAAAUGUUGUUUGCCGCUAUAGCUUUGCGUUAUGCAUUUCCGUAUCAAGUAUAUGCAGCUGGCUGUGUUACUGAUUCUCGAGGUCGAAGCGUGACCAUGCAAAGUAUAAGCAGCAGUUUAAAAGAAACAAUGAAUCCAAAAGAUAUUAUGACUGAUGCCAUCCAUAAUUUCCAUCCACAAUACCAACAGUAUACUCAGUACAGCGCGGGAGGCCCAAAAGGACAACGUGGUAUGCGAAUAUCCAGCUUUGAUCCGGAUGACCCGCAAAAUAUGCCAGUACCACCACCGCAAAGACGAAACACCUCUCAUCAGCGCGUCGCUACAAUUUCUCAUAAUUAUAACGAGAAAACAAUGUUAUUGAGCAGCGAUGAUGAAUUUCAAUAAAGCGCGUCAUCUUCACAUGAUAGAGUCUCAAUUGACAAAUGUUACAUCACAACGUGGGACUUCCAUGAAUCUCCAGAGAUUUUUUUGGUUUCUUUACAAGAAAACAAAAAAGAAAAAAUGUUUGAAAUAAUUUCGCGCAAAACGAAUUUUAUUAGUUAAGACUACAGCGUUCUUGUUUACAGAUUUAAAAAGAGACAAACAAAAAGAAAGAGAGAUCGUGUGUGAGGCGUAUGUUAUAUAGCACCAUAAUAGUUCCACAAUGUUACAUCCGUGUUAGUUACAUGUAUUAUGUUAUAACAUAUAUAUAUAUAUAUUUGAGUAAAUAGUAUAUAGAAAAGAAAUAUAUAUAUAUAUAUAUAUAUAUAUAUAUUUUAUUUAUUUUAAUAUGCUGACGCGCGCGUGUUUGAAGCAGAGAUUAUAUCUGUCUGUAUAUCUGUGACUCUACACCAUGGCACUAUAAGAAGUAUUAAUUGCACGAUAAAGCUUACGUGUGAAUAGGUAUGUAUACAUACAUAAGCUAUAUGUAUAUUGUAAUAUAUAGUACUUAAUUUUAUGGAAUCAAUGGAUUCCUUUGAAAUUUGCGUGACGUGUGAGUGUUGACGCUUGUUCACCAAAUUUUUUUUCCUUUUUCUUUAAUAAAAGAAUUGCAUUUA